AUGGUAGAGCUCUACCUCUCCGUCCAAGAGUACCAGCUCAUUCGGUUUGCUCAAUACAAAGACACUAAGGCACGUAACGAGAAGAAAGACGAGCUUGAAAGCAGGAUCACAGCAGUAAAUCGGGAGAUUGAGACACUGCGGGCUCAACAGCGAGCGAUCCAGACCAGAGAGAUACAAGAGGAAGAUAGUGUUAGGGACAGGCAAUCGACUGCGGAUAUUGAGAUGCUCAUGCGGACACAGAGGGAGGUGCAGGAAAGAAUGAAACGGGGUGACGGUGGAUCAGAAGCGGAUGCACAGGAAGGAUGA